AUGCCAGGCACAGCAAGGCAUGACCGAGAGAUGGCAAUCCAGGCCAAAAGAAACCUGUCUAAAACCACUGACCCUGUAGAAAGACUUCGACUAAAGUGCUUAGCAAGGGGAUCUGCAGGCAUUAAAGGACUUGGCAGAGUAUUUCGGAUUAUGGAUGAUGACAACAGCAGGACCCUUGAUUUCAAAGAAUUUGUGAAAGGAUUAAAUGAUUAUGCUAUGAUGAUAGACAAGGAAGAAGCACAAGAGAUUUUCCGGAUAUUUGAUAAAGAUGGCAGUGGAACAAUUGAUUUUGAUGAAUUUCUUGUUACACUGAGACCUCCCAUGUCAAAUGCCAGAAAAGAGAUCAUCAUGCAGGCAUUUAGGAAGUUAGAUAAAACUGGAGAUGGUGUCGUCACGAUUGAAGACUUACGGGGAGUGUAUAAUGCAAAACACCAUCCCAAGUACCAAAACGGAGACUGGACAGAAGAUCAAGUUUUUAGGGCCUUUCUGGAUAAUUUUGAUUCACCCUAUGACAAAGAUGGGAAGGUCACAACAGAAGAAUUCAUGAACUACUAUGCAGGAGUCAGCGCCUCAAUAGACACUGAUGUCUAUUUUAUCAUCAUGAUGAAGAACGCUUGGAAACUCUGA